CGGCAGGACGCGGCGCAGGGCAGCGCAUCCCGCAGCCUCCGGCAGGACGCGGCCGCCGCCCGUGCGCCCCCGGCCCCGCGCCCUCCCCGUGCGCCCGAGCCCGGUCCCACUUCAGCAAAAAACGUGAGAAUUUAAAAACUGAGAUUUCUCUAAAAUGUCGUACAGACAGGAAUUGGAGAAAUACCGCGAUCUGGAUGAGGAUAAGAUCCUUAGUGCAUUGACAGAAGAAGAGCUCAGGACACUGGAGAAUGAACUGGAGGAGCUAGAUCCUGAUAAUGAUCUGCUGCCUGUGGGACUCAGACAGAGAGACCAGACCAAAAAGACACCGACUGGCCCAUUCAAAAGGGAUGAGCUUCUGGACCACCUAGAAAAGCAGGCGAAAGAUAUGAAAGAUCGAGAAGACCUGGUCCCUUUCACAGGAGAAAAGAGAGGGAAAGUCUGGGUCCCCAAGCAGAAGCCAAUCGACCCUGUUUUGGAAAGAGUAACACUGGAACCAGAGCUGGAGGAAGCCCUGGCUAACGCAUCUGAUGCAGAACUCUGCGACAUUGCUGCCAUCCUUGGCAUGCAUACAUUGAUGAGUAACCAGCAGUACUACGAGGCACUUGGGAGCACCACUAUAGUUAACAAGGAAGGCCUGAACAGUGUGAUUAAGCCCACGCAGUAUAAACCAGUUCCCGAUGAAGAACCCAAUUCAACAGAUGUAGAAGAAACUUUGGAACGAGUAAAGAACAAUGACCCUAAACUCGAGGAAGUCAACCUUAAUAAUAUUAGGAAUAUUCCCAUACCAACUUUAAAAGCAUACGCUGAAGCACUGAAGAAUAAUUCCUAUGUAAAGAAGUUAAGCAUAGUAGGAACAAGAAGCAAUGACCCGGUAGCCUAUGCACUGGCAGAAAUGUUAAAAGCCAAUGGUGUAUUGAAGAGCUUGAAUGUGGAAUCCAACUUCAUUUCUGGGUCCGGGAUCCUGGCUCUGAUCGAAGCACUCCAGCACAAUACUUCACUGAUCGAGCUCAAAAUUGACAACCAGAGCCAGCCGCUGGGCAACAAGGUGGAAAUGGAGAUUGCAAACAUGUUAGAAAAAAAUAGCUCCCUUUUGAAGUUCGGGUAUCACUUUACACAGCAAGGUCCCCGGCUUCGUGCAUCUAACGCCAUGAUGAACAACAACGACCUGGUGAGGAAGAGGAGACUUGCAGACUUGAAUGGGCCUUUCUAUCCCAAGUGCCGAACUGGGGUGUAGUUCCCGGCUGUGAGGCUUGCGCCUGGUGGUUUGUGCUAUACCCUGGAAAUCCGAAGGCAAAGUGCCUGCACAAAACGUCUGUGGUGCCUCAGUUCUGUGUUGCAUAAUUAUGCACUAAAGGUUUAAAUUAACUAGUGAUUGUAGGUGACGAUUUGAUCAAAUAUGACUAAUGAUGUUUUCUUUAGUCAAGCUGAGUCAAUCCAGUUACGAGUUGCCAAUUUUAAGCAGUCUCGGUUUAGAAUACAUCACAGCACAAAUGUGACUGUUAAUUCACCUAUGACUUAAUUUCUCUUAGGAUUUCCUGUGUGGUGUUUCAGAUAUAUUUAGGAUGUGUUAUGCAUGAUUGGAAAAAUUACUGCUCUACACAAGUUGCAUAGGUAUUUAAAAAAAUAUUUUUUCAACUUGCUUUCCUGUUUGACAAGCAUUUCUACUCUCCCACCACAUUGCUACUAUCCCUUUUAAGGACUUGUAAAUUACAAUUAAUUACCAACAUUUGCUGACUUUAUUUGCAGACAGGAUGUCAAAACCACCCAUAUUUUUUCCCAAAAAGAAUUCAUGUCUUUUUUACUCCCCCGGCGCCCAAAUGAAAAGAACGUAAGGCCACUGAUUAUAAAGUAAUGGCUCCAUAAAAACAGAGCAGUAGGUAUUAGAUGGGACGUUAAAAUCUUCUUCUCUCCUUUCCCAUGGAUAUGUAAAACCAUUGCUUUAAGAGAUUAGGAACGAAAUCCUGACUUCACUGAAGUCAGGAGCAAACUCUCAUCGAUUUCCCCCUGAAUUUUCUCUUGGAAAUGUGCCCCAUGUGCUUUUACUCAGUCUGGUAAUGAGCGUGCUGGAGCCCUCACUUGUAAUUCUGGUUUUCUGGCUGGAUGACCAUUUUAUUUAUCUGCAAAACUUCUUGUUCUGCUAGAAAUUUUAUUUUACCAACAUCCUAAAUUUCUGAGUAGGGCACCCUAAUAAAGAAAUUACUUGAAAAUACCCUGCCUGGGAAUCCAUGUAGUCCAGGAUGCCAUUUGAGUAGAGUUGCAUAAACACACCAGGCAAUUGGGUUUGUGUGGUGAUAAAAACCCACUGCCUUUCUAGGGAGGAAUUUCCAGCAGCCACAUGCAGCCUUUGAUCAUGCAGUGGGUUCCUCACCUGCAGGCCAUUUAUACCCACACCAACUCCCAUUGACUCCAGUGGGAGCCUGGUCUGCACAGCGUGAAGUCUGCCCAUGCAGAGCCAUUGCCAGAGGGGGGCCUUUGUUUAUACCCCUAAAGAAUCCAUCCGAGCAAUCUUUUUCACGUAAUAAACAACCUUCUGCCUGCUGCUGUUCCCAGUGGAGUUCUGCAGUCUGUGCAUUGUGUAAUACAGCAAAACUGCCACUAAUUUCAACAGAAUUUUUGCAUGAAUCCAGGAUUCAGGCUUUGGCCCUGAUUUGCUCUCUCUGAAUAUUACACUUUAACCUUGAGUGGGAAAUACAAACACGUUUGAUUGUUGUAAUAAAUGUGUCAGAAAUGACAAAUAAAAGGUGUCAGUGCAAUUUUUUGUAAAAUCCCAUACAAAAGAUUAGAAAAUCCUGAAAAACCAGAAAGGGGCAUGAUUAGCAUAAUGCCAGAUGGACAGCGCUAUUCCCACCCGACACCUCCCAAAGGCUUUAGAAAAAUCAAUGAAAACAUCCGUCCAGAUUCCACUUGAUAGCUAGCGGCAGAGUUGUCUGCUCAGAUUUGCCCAGAACUAACUCAGCAUCUGUGUCUGCUCUUCCACUGACUCAGAGGAAUGGCAAUUGUUCUCCCCCUGUUAAAUGCUGCUUGCCCUGAUGCCCAUGGGGAACCUGGGUCUGUGGGGACAGUGCAGAAUGCUCUGAAGGGGACCC